UGCAGUUGGAGCAUGCCUUGGGAGCAUCUAUUGAAGUGAGCUGGCCAUCGGAGUGUUGUGUCUGAUCCGUUUAACAUCAAGUGGGUUGCAACCACUGCUAUACAGCGACAUUGCUCAUCGCUGGCAUUCAGUGCAGGGCUAAUUUGCUGUUGUAGAGCCAUGCACGACGCCGCGGAGCAGCCGCGUCGCCGGUGGCUCGUGCACCUCGCCGCUGUGCAGGCGUGCCUGGUCCUCGCAGUAGUAACACUGAGACGCCAGCCGCGCCCGGCCGCGGAGCUGCUGCAGCACUCCCUGCAUCCGCGCGAGCUGGGCUACCGCACGGCGAAGAAGCGCUCGGGCCGCGCGCCCGGCGCCGCGUUGACGACGCACCUGCGCGGCCCGCUGCCGACUAAUGCCUGGUGGCUCGAUUUAGCACGAAGCGACGCCGACGACGCGGCCGCGGCGGCGUACGCCGUGCCGUACCUGUUCGAGAAGACGGGCCGCGGGCUGCGGGCGUCGCCCACGCGCCUCCAGGCCUCGCCUGAUUCGGUGCUGACGUUGCACGACGCGAGGAGUGGCCUCGUGCUGGGGACCACGGAAAAGAUGGGGCCCGCGGUCGUGAAGCGGGCGGGCGAGCUGGGCGUGGUGCUCGCUUGGAAGGGCGCUCUUGCGCCGGUGACGCGCGGAACUGCCUUCCUCACGAUGCGCUACGAGCGGGCGACGCCCUCAAUUUACUCGGGCGCGCCGCUCCACAGACAAGCAAGGGGCAACAUUACGAUAGACGGCCGGAGCGCGGCGUGCGACGGUGCGCCCAUGCACGUCGACCACGUCAUCGAGGUCGUCACGGACGCCGACCACCGCUGGGCCGUCUACGCCGACGCCCCUCUCCAGGUAACGUGUACGUCCGACGGCUCGCUGGAGAUUCGAGGGAAAACGCCGCAAACGUUGACAUUACGCGCUGCACUGUUAACAGCGUGCGCCUACGGCACGUCGUCGACGGGCGGCUGUGCCGACGACGGCGCCGUCCGCGCCGAGCGCCUCAAGCAGAACCGGGCGCUGUUCGCCGGGGCCGCGGCGCGGGCGUCGGCACCCUCGGCGUCGUCAGCUAGCGACGUCGCGUGGGAGCUCCACGAUGAUCACGCGCUCGUCGACUUCUCGUUCCCGCACGACGGGGCCGACGUCUUCUACGCGCUCGACCAGCACGUGGGGUGGGGCGCGCUGACGCCGGCCGGCCCCUGCGUCGACAGUUUGCAUGGCACGGCGUGUCCUGUGAUAGGCAAGGUUUGGAGGAUGCGCGUGCCCCUCGGUCCCGCGCCCUCGCUGAAGGCGGGGCGGCCCAUGUCAAACAAGGACCGCCGGGCGAUCCGCGACGCUCUGAAGGCCGACGCCUCGAGAAAACUGCCCGCGUACUACGCACGCGGCGCGGGCGACACCUACUUCUCUGGAAAAGAAUUAGCGCGGCGCGCCCGUCUGGUGGUCAUCGCGGACGAGGUCGACGAUGCGGACACCGCUUCGUUAUUAGCGGCGGAGGUGCUGGCUGCUUUACGGAACUGGCUCAAUCCAAAAAACGCGGAGACGCCGUUUUUGUAUGAUGAGCAGUGGGGAGGGUUGGUCAGUUGCGGUUGUGAUUUCGAUGAGUCGUCGCAACGAUGCACGAACAACCCACAAAAGGACGAGUGCCCGAACUUAGAUGCUUGUGGUGCGGACUUCGGCAACGGCUUCUACAACGACCAUCAUUUUCAUUAUGGUUACUUCGCCUACGCCGCCGCGGUGGCGUGCGAGUUCGCUGUGUGUAGCAAGGAGGACAAAGAACGGUUCCUACUCUUAGCGCGGGACUACGCUAAUCCACAAUCCGAUGAUUUCGUCGCCGCGCGGCACAAGGACUGGUUUUUGGGCCACAGCUGGGCGUCCGGCACCUGCGAGCCGGCCAAUCCGAAUGGUCGGAAUCAGGAGUCCUCGUCGGAAGCCGUCCACGCCUACGAGGCGUCGUAUCUCUUAGCAUCUAGGUUAGGAGACCGCCAUUUACAACAGGCCUCGCGCCUGUACGCGGCCACGGAGGUCGACGCGGCGCAGCGCUACUGGCACGCGGCGACCUCCUCCCAGGUCCCGCGCGCCUACGAAAGGCCGGUUGUCGGCAUGCGCUGGUCGACACUCGCCCAAUUCGGGACGUGGUUCGGCGGGGACCCCGUCUUCGCGUACGGCAUUCAACUCAUUCCAUUAACUCCAUAUGCUGAGGUGCGCGACUCGACGGCCUUUUCUCGUGCGCUGCUGCCGUUCUACGAGCGGGACUGCGAUCGUCAGCGCCCAAAUCAAAUUCUCGAGAGCACCCGACUCACUGUUUGAUUUCCACGCAGGCGACAAAGUGUGCGAGGACGAGGGCUGGUCCAUCUCGAUGAUUGGGUUGAAGGCGGCGGCGGGCGACCGGGCCGGGGCCUGGGACGCCGCGCUCGCUUUGGAUGGGAAGGCCUUCGACCAGGCCGGCGGCGACGGCCACAGUCGCUCGAAUUUGCUGUACUGGAUCGCGACGCGGGAUCCGGGGCUGGAAAAGAUGGCGACGCCCGUGCCCACUUCGCAUGUGGUAUCGCCGGCGCCCGUCGCGUCGCCAGUCCCCGACUGCGUCGACGGCCCCGGCCGUGCCGCCGCCAAGGCCUGCCCGGCGACGGCGCCGCACGUGUGCUACGCGGGUCCGGCCAAAGGCGGCUGCGCCCGGGCGCCCUGGUCGCGUACCGACUGUGCGCGGAGCUGCAAGCGGCCGAAGGGCUUCGACUGAGUUUUUUGACGUGUGUUCAUAGUAGAUGUCCAUAUUAAGUUGCUUUCGU